GUUGUCAAGGCUGCUUUUAUGAGGGACGAUUGGAUAAACAGAAGAAAAUAUUUUAACAAUAUGCAUCUUGCUGAUUCUGGGAUACUGCUGCUGGCUUGGUUAACUACGUGCAAUGCAGCACCUAUUUUUGCUCCAUGGAUCUCAGCUGAGGACGAAGAUCUGGCAAAGAAAUACCUCUCUCAGUACUACUCUGAUGCUCAGACGAGUCCCUCAGUAAAAAGUAUUACUGAAAACUCCUUCCGUGAAACUCUUCGGAGCAUGCAGGCCUUUUUUGGCCUGGAGGUGACAGGUGUCUUAAAUGAUAAAACCUUGGAAGUGAUGAGGGCUCCUAGGUGUGGUGUGACAGACGUUUAUAAAUUUAAACACAUGUCUGGAAGACCAAAGUGGGAGAAAAGCUUGAUCACAUACAGAAUCACUCAGUACACCAGGGAUCUGACGCAGAGUCAGGUGGAUGCAACCAUUGCUCAGGCCUUCCAGCUCUACAGUGAUGUCAUCCCACUGGAUUUCCAACAGAUCUACUGGGGUACUGCAGACAUUGUGAUCCUCUUCCAGAGUGGAUUUCAUGGAGAUCAUGAUCGUUUUGAUGGACCAGGAGGCACGUUGGCUCAUGCCUUUGGUCCUGGACAGAAUGAGGGAGGAGAUGCACACUUUGAUGAGGAUGAAACUUGGACUUUAACCCAUUUAGAUUUUAAUCUGCUGCUGGUGGCGGCCCAUGAGUUCGGCCAUUCUCUGGGCCUGGAUCACUCCAGUGACAAAAGUGCGUUGAUGUUCCCCAGCUAUCAAUAUGUCAACACAUAUGGAUACAGGCUGCCAGACGAUGAUAGACGUGGGGUUCAAGCACUUUAUGGAUUCAGACAACCUACUGGCCCACAACCUGGACCAGACCCAGUCCCUCUGCCCAACCCACAAAACCAACAAUGCAGUCCAGAGCUGGUGUUUGAUGCUGUUACCUCCAUAUGGGGAGAUCUUUUCUUCUUCAAAAACGGAUACUUCUGGAGGAGGAGUACUGGUUUUCCAAAAAUUAGAUUUUCAAAAGUGAGUACAACAUGGCCCCAAAUCAAUCAUGUGGAUGCAGCUUUUGAAGUCCCAAACAGGCAUGUGGCAUAUUUCUUUGAAGGUAAUCAAUACUGGGGCAUCACAGCUUAUGACAAGACAAUAAUACCAGGCUUUCCACAGCCUAUCACCAACUUUGGCCUCCCCUCCUACGUUAAUAAGGUGGAUGCUGCUGUCUAUGAACCAACAACAGGAAGAGCACUGAUGUUUGUGAAUAACCAAUAUUGGAGCUAUAAUUACAACCGGAACCGACUGGACUAUGGAUACCCACGAUACAUCUCGCUGGAUUUUCCGGGGAUUGGCUUCAAAGUUGACGCAGCCUUUGAGAAUCUUGGAUAUCUGUAUUUUAUCGAAGGUGCCAGACAGAGCGAGUACUACCUGCCAUAUAGGAGUGUAACACGUGUGAUGUUCAACUAUGAAUGGCUCUGUGUCACUGACAUUGGAUACUACAGCAGAGAGUGUUGGUGGUGUUAGGUUGGGUGUGGGGCCAUGGCUGUCUUUCUGCUGUGAAAAAGGUUCCUUUGAACACUCCCAGCCGUGCCUGCACCCACCAGCUCGGAGUGGCGUUUUCGAGGAAGCAUUAACCUCCUGUAAUUCCUGCCUGUCUGGCCAUUCACCCACACUGUAAACCUGGAUUCUGUUUAGAUACAAACUUUGUAGAGAUUAAUAAUUAUUUUAUGUUUUAUAUAAACAGUGUCUCAUUACUAAACCAAAUCAGUUGUUUUAAAAUAGUUUUCAACAUUGUGAAGUGUAUAAUAAUGAUUAACAAAGAUAACGUAGCAUGAUUGUCAUGCUUGCACCCUCCUCGUGGGUGCUCUCCUCUUCACCUGAGUUCUGAUCACUGGCCACAACACUACAAUACCCACAAUCCCUCAGCUUCGGACAUCUUGGACACACCUGCCGUGAAUCACAAUCAUCAUCAGUGUACACCUGGUCUUCUCCCUACAAAAGCCCCAGUCCUGGACUACUGCUUUGUGUGUUAUUCUGCCUUAUGGUUGCAUUCUGCGCAUCUUCUGUGUUUACCUUUGAAGCUUUAUUAAAGCUUGAAUUCAGUGUUA